AUGAAUGUGAAGAGUGUGGCAAGAGCUUUAAAAUUGUGCCCAACCCUUACUCAACAUAAGUUAACUCAUAUUGGAGAGAAACCUUACCAAUGUAAAGAAUGUGGCAAUGUCUUUAACCAGUUCUCAACCCUUACAGGAUAUCAAAGAAUUCAUACUGGAGAGAAAAUGUACCAAGAUAAAGACGAUGGCAAGUCCUUUACCCGGCCCUCAUCCCUUACAAGACAUCAAAAAUUUCAUACUGCAGAGACACCUUCCAAAGGUAAACGAUGUCAUAAGACCUUUAGGCAUCAUUCACAACUUUCUGAACAUCACAGGAGUCAUACUGAGGAGAAACCUUAUCAAUGCAAAGAGUGUGGCAAGGCCUUUAACUGGCGCACAGCCCUUAGGAGACAUCACAGAAUCCAUACUGGAGAGAAAUCUUACCAAUGUAACGAAUGUGGCAAGGUCUUUGGGCACCUCUCAACCUUUACACAACAUCGCAAAAUUCAUACUGGAGUGAACCCUUACAAAUGUAACAAAUGUGGCAAGGCCUUUUCCCGCCAGGCACAUCUUAAUGUACAUCACAGAAUCCAUAUUGGAGAGAAACCUUACCAAUGUAAGCAAUGUGGCAAGGCCUUUCGGUACUUGUCAAACUGUAUAAAACAUCGCAGAAUUCAUACUGGUGUGAAACCUUACAAAUGUAAAGAAUGUGGUAAAGCUUUUAACUGGCACUCAGCCCUCAAGACACAUCACAGAAUUCAUAGUGGAGGGAAACCUUACCAAUGUAAACAAUGUGGCAAGGCCUUUACCCAGCCCUCAGCCCUUACAAAGCAUUACAGAAUUCAUACUGGAGAGAAACCUUACCAAUGUAAAGAAUGUGACGAAGGCUUUUACUGGCACUCAGCCCUUAAGUUACAUCAGAGAAUCCAUAGUGGAGAGAAACGUUACCAAUGCAAAGAAUGCGGCAAGGCCUUUUCCCGGGCCUCAGUCCUUACAGAACAUCACAGAAUUCAUACUGGAGUGAAACCUUACCAAUGUAAAGAAUGUGGUAAAGCCUUUAACCGGCUCUCAGCCCUUAAGACGCAUCGCAGAAUUCAUACUGGAGUGAAACCUUACCAGUGUAAAGAAUGUGGCAAGGCCUUUUUCCGCCAGGAACAUCUUGAUGUACAUCACAGAGUCCAUACUGGACAGAAACCUUACCAAUGUAAAGAAUGUGGCAAGGCUUUUGGGUUCGUCUCAAACUUUAUACAACAUCGCAGAAUUCAUACUGGAGUGAAACCUUACAAAUGUGAAGAAUGUGGCAAGGCCUUUUCCCGGCACUCAGAACAUACUCGACACCACAAAAUUCACAGUGGAGAGAAACCUUACCAAUGUAAAGAAUGUGGCAAGACCUUUAACAAGCAAUCAUCCCUUAGACAACAUGAAGGAAUUCAUACUGGGCAGAAACCUUACCAAUGUAAAGAAUGUGGCAAAGCUUUUAACUGGCAAUCGGCCCUUAAGAGACAUCACAGAAUUCAUAGUGGAGAGAAACCUUACCAGUGUAAAGAAUGUGGCAAGGCCUUUUCCCGCCAGGAACAUCUUGAUAUGCAUCACAGAGUCCAUACCGGACAGAAACCUUACCAAUGUAAAGAAUGUGGCAAGGCCUUUUCCCGCCAGGCACAUCUUAGUGUACAUCACAGAAUUCAUACUGGAGAGAAACAUUACCAAUGUAAAGAGUGUGGCAAGGCCUUUAAAGGGCACUCAGAACUUACUCGACAUCACAAAAUUCACAGUGGAGAGAAACCUUACCAAUGUAAAGAAUGUGGCAAAGCCUUUAACUGUCAAUCGGCCCUUAAGAGACAUCACAGAAUUCACAGUGGGGAGAAACCUUACCAAUGCAAAGAAUGUGGCAAGGCCUUUACGCACCACUCAAGCCUUACCAACCAUCACAAAAUUCAUACUGGAGAUUGA